CUGGACUCUGAAGAAAUCCUCAUCAAGUAGAUGACUUGCCUGUUCUAGACUAGAGCUUUCUUGCUGCCUUGCUUAUAGACUGCUUGAAGUUAGUUAAACCAGGCUGGGCUUUGCCUUCCGGAACAAACAGGCCUUUUCCUCAGGUGGGAGGGUUACAGUGUGGUUAACCCCAGUUCCUCUGCCUGUAUGAAAAGGCGUACAGUUCAGACCCGUGGCUCUGCCAGGGGGCCCCACCUUCUCGGUCAGAGUUCCAACCACCCAGCCGUGCAGCUGAGCCUGGGAGGUGCGGACAAACAGGCCUUCGCUCCCCUUUUAAUGAUCGCAAAACAAAUACAGUGAGAUGCAAUGGCUCAUCUUGAUUCUGAGGUGAAAGAAGAAUGUCUGAGAGAAGACCUGAGGUUUUACUUCAUGAACCCUUGUGAAAAAUUCCGAGCCAGACAACAGAUUCCAUGGAAAAUGGGUUUGCAGAUUUUGAAGAUAGUCAUGGUCACUACACAGCUUGUUCGUUUUGGUUUAAGUAACCAGCUGGUCGUUGCUUUCAAAGAAGAAAACACUGCUGCUUUUAAGCACCUGUUUUUGAAAGGAUAUUCUGGUUCAGAUGAAGAUGAUUACAGCUGCAGUGUGUAUACCCAAGAGGACACAUAUGACAGCAUCUUUUUUGCUAUUAAUCAGUUUCAUCGGCUAAGGAACUUAUCUCUGGGAACCCUUGGUUAUGGAGAAAGCGAAGACAACAGGAUUGCUUUAAAAGUCUGUAAGCAGCAUUAUAAGAAAGGGACCAUGUUUCCUUCUAAUGAGACACUGAAUAUUGACAGCGACAUUGAAAUAGACUGCAUUCACCUAGACCUCGAGGCACUCUCCAAGGACCCUCAGGACUGGAAGAAUUCAUCAUUCUUCAGACUGGAAUUUUAUCGGCUCUUGCAAAUUGACAUCUCCUUUCAACUCAAAGGCAUUGACCUGCAGACGAUUCAUUCCCGAGAGCUUCCAGACUGUUACGUCUUUCAGAAUAUGAUUAUCUUUGACAAUAAAGCUCACAGUGGCAAAAUCAAAAUCUAUUUUAACAGUGAUGCCAAAAUCGAGGAAUGUAAAGACUUGAAAAUCUCUGGAUCCAUUCAGAAAAACACUCAGUAUGUCCUGGUGUUUGAUGCAUUUGUCAUUGUGAUUUGCUUGGCAUCUCUUAUCCUGUGCACAAGAUCCAUUGUUCUUGCGCUGAGGUUACGAAAGAGAUUCCUAAAGUUCUUCCUGGAGAAGUACAAGCGACACGUUUGUAAUGCCGACCAGAGGGAGUUUAUCAACCAAUGGUAUAUCCUGGUGAUUAUCAGCGACCUCCUGACAAUAAGCGGAUCCGUGUUAAAAAUGGAAAUUAAAGCCAAGAAUCUCACGAACUACAAUCUGUGCAGCAUUUUGCUUGGAACGUCUACACUUUUUGUCUGGGUUGGCGUCAUCCGAUACUUGGGUUACUUCCAAGCAUAUAAUGUGCUCAUUUUAACAAUGCAAGCCUCGUUGCCAAAAGUUCUUCGCUUCUGCGCGUGUGCUGGUAUGAUCUAUCUGGGUUACACCUUCUGCGGCUGGAUUGUCUUAGGACCGUAUCACAACAAGUUUGAAAAUCUGAACACGGUUGCUGAGUGUCUGUUUUCUCUGGUCAAUGGUGAUGACAUGUAUGCGACCUUUGCUCACAUCCAGCAGAAGAGCCACUUGGUGUGGCUGUUCAGUCGCCUGUAUUUAUAUUCCUUCAUCAGCCUUUUCAUAUACAUGAUUCUCAGCCUUUUCAUUGCAAUUAUUACAGACUCUUAUGACACCAUUAAGAAAUACCAACAGAAUGGGUUUCCUGCCACGGAUCUUCAGGAAUUCCUGAAGGAGUGUAGUAGCAAAGAGAAGUGUCAGGAAGAGUCACCAGCCUUCCUGUCCAGCAUCUGCUGUCUGAGGAGGAAUAGAAGUGAUGACCAUUUGAUACUUAUUAACUAAAAUCCUCCUGCUGAUGAUGAUCAAGUUUCAGGUCUCCAUACUGAAUGACAAUGUAGAGGGGCCGCAAAUGGCUUGGACCAGCACUUCCAAAAAUACCGAUUGUGGAUGGGGAAAGAGGACUGACUGUCAGCUGGCUGAAUAGAACUGAAGUUCCAAAGUUCCUUUUUAUAAACUUGAAUGAUGAAGAAUAGACCACAGUCACCUCCUGGGCAUUACUGUCAUAGAGCAGUGAAAUUCUGUCUUGGUGUUUUAAAUUAUGAUGUCAUAUUUCAGAGUGUGUAAAACAAUGGUAUUUAAAGCCA